AUGUCAUCAUUGGAAAGAGCGGAAGAUAUAGUGCUUCCCAUAUGUGACCAAUCGGUAGAUGGUGCUUCGAGUACCGCCAGUGCUUCACCUUGGAAAGUGAAUACUACACAAGAGAAGACAUUGGUCAGGAAUAUGCCCGAAUCACCAGAUAUGAAAUUCGCUCGAACACGUUUUGGUCAUCUUCUUGAUGGAAUACGAAGUGGUGAGAUUCAAACUGGGAUACAAGCUAGAAAUCGGGCUAGAAGUCCAGAAGAGAUGGAAAGGGACUUGCUUGAACGUCCAAAGAAAUCGUUACGGCGUGAAAGUCGACGAAUGGUUUUCGAGCUUCGUGGCAAACCUUUUGCACUGCGAGAUAGUGGUCGUAGAGAAGGCGUGUACUCGUUAUGUCGAAAUUGGAUACGAGGUAAUGAUGAUGAACGACCAAGAGAAAAACGAGAAAUAGAACAUCCAGAACCGCCGGAUGACUCACUUGACUUACUGGCUACAAAAGAAAUUUAUGCAUUGCCACGACCGCAUGAUCGUAUCCGGAUCGAACCGGCUCCUCCACCGUUGUACAUCAGUACCAAAAUCAAAGUAGAUACAACAAGCUCCAAGGAGCUUAUGGCUGUUUACCUACCACAUUGGAAAAGAAUUAAGAAAAACUGGAACGAGUACUCUCGAAUUCGAGACCAACGAUACCAAAAAAGCAUCAGAUUGUUGAACACUGUAUUCAGUAUGAAUCAGCAAAACAGCAUUAUAUGA